AUGGAGCAAGUUCGACUCAACCCGGUUGUUCCAGGGUUUGCCCCCGACCCUUCGCUUGUUUAUGUGGACGGCACCUACUUUCUCGUGAAUUCGACCUUCCACAUGUACCCUGGAUUGCCGGUAUACGCAUCCAAGGACUUGAGGGAAUGGAAGCAUAUAGGCAAUGCACUCGACGGGCCUCGACGGAUGAGUUUACAACAGUCCAUGACCAAACUGGUCGGUCCCGAGACUCCGAAUGAGAGAAUAGCGGCCCAGGGUGGCCUCAUGGCCCCUUCCAUCAGAUACCACAAGGGCACUUUCUAUAUUAUCUGCACCAAUGUCUACCACAGACCACCUCUGCUACCCGACGGGAACGAGUGUCAGAACUUCAUCUUGUCGACUACAGAUAUCUGGGCAGAUGAAUGGAGCGACCCGGUCUUUUAUGACUUCAACGGAAUCGACACCAGCCUGUUCUGGGAUGAUGACGGUCGAGUUUACGUUCUCGGCGCCGCUGGUCCUACUCCCGAGAGCAAGAUCAAGCAAUUUGAGAUUAAUCUUAAGACGGGGGCCAAGCUAUCUGAGGAGAAGGUGCUCUGGGAGGGCAUAACAAAAGUCUUCCCCGAGGGUCCGCACAUGUACAAGAAGGACGGGUGGUACUACCUUCUUGUCGCCGAAGGCGGCUGCUUUGCCGAUCAUCACAGCAUCAUGGCACGGUCUCGAGAUAUCUGGGGCCCCUAUGAGGUGAACCCGGUGAACCCGGUACUCCCCAAGGCAGACCCCAAUGGGUAUAUCCAGUACACGAGCCACGGGGACCUUUUCCAAGCCCCGACUGGGCAAUGGUAUUUUGUGUGCCUGGGUGUGAGAAAGAACAAUGGCCGUUUUAUCAUGGGACGCGAAUCUGUCCUCACCACAGCACUCUGGCCGGAGGGUGAAUUCCCCGUGAUAAACCCUGUGCGGCCUGACGUCCUACUCCCCCCCAAGCAGGGUUCAGCACUGGAGUGGCCUGUGAAAAGAAGGCCUGAGCGUCCACAUGUCAGCUACCUCCGCAUCCGCGACCCUGUCGAGGAAAACUACCAAUAUGUCGGAAAUAACGUCACCUUGACAUCGAGCAGGGAGGAUCUAGACCAAUCCGACGUGCCUGUGACGUUUACUGGAAAGCGGCAGAGGUUCCUGGAUGGCUCAGCUUCGGCGACACUAGACUCCCUUGCCGAAUUGGCUACAGGAGACGCAGCACUGAAGACGGGCCUCUGCUACUACAAGGAUGAACAUCGGUUCGUCCGUGUUUAUCCAGACAUGGCCUCUCAGGAGAUCGUCUGGGAGAUUGUGAACAAGGCGAGAGGGAUCGAACGGAGAGUAUCCAGUAGCGAGCCUGCACUCAGUCAGGCCACGAACAUUACGUUUGGAAUCGACUAUACCGAGCUGGAACUCGCGUUCUGGUAUUCUAUUGAUAUGGAAGCGAAGCGGGAGCUCGCCAGGAUAGAUACUCUGGACAUGACUGGACAUGACUUUGUGGGACCAGUGAUUGGCAUCUACGCCGUCGGCAUCGAGUCACGCAAAGUACGGUUCUUGAAUUUCCAAGUGGAGGGUGUGUGAUAUAGUUCUUUUUUAUUUUUUUUUUUUUUGUAACUAGGAAUCUCCCCUUUACGGCCCAAGAAGGUCUGAUGCUUUUGAAUCCAGGCGGGCUAACAAGUCGACCAAACGCAUGGCGCAUUGGUUCGCCCUAAAUCCAACCAUGCUGUUAUUUGUGCUACUUUCUAGUUUAAGCAG